AUGACUUUCAAAUCGGAUGUUGUCUUCGAAGAGAUCAAGGAGAGAAUCCAGACCGACAAAGAAAUGGUCAAAAAGGUCGGAACUUCUUUCCGUAUGACCAUCGCCGGAGCCGAUGGAGCCACAAAAGUCUGGACAAUUGAUGCCAAGUCAGACACUCCAUAUGUGGGAGAUGACAGCUCUCGUCCAGUUGAGAUUGAGAUUAAUAUUAAGGAUUCAGACUUCAUCGCUAUUGCCACCGGAAAACUGAAGCCAGAUCAGGCAUUCAUGCAAGGAAAGAUGAAGCUGAAGGGAAACAUCGCCAAGGCCAUGAAGCUCCGUACCAUCCUCGACCCCAAGAUGCUAAAGGCUAAACUCUAA